AUGGGGAGCCCGCGCUGCGUCCCGCUGCUGCUGCUGCUGCUGCUGCCGCCGCUGCUACUCACGCCCCCCGCCGGGGACGCCGCCGUCAUCACCGGGGCCUGCGACAAGGACCCCCAGUGUGGCGGAGGCAUGUGCUGCGCUGUGAGCAUCUGGGUUAAGAGCAUCCGGAUCUGCACACCGAUGGGCAAAGUGGGAGACAGCUGCCACCCGCUGACUCGGAAGAACCAUUUUGGAAAUGGGAGGCAGGAAAGAAGAGAGAGGAAGAGAAGAAGAAGGAAAAAGGAGGUUCCAUUUUUCGGACGGAGAAUGCACCACACCUGCCCUUGCCUGCCGGGCUUGGCCUGUGUGCGGACUUCAUUUAACCGCUUUACUUGUUUAGCCCACAAGUGA